AUGUUCUACUACUGCUGCUGUCGCCAGCCAGCAGUGGUGAUCCUUGUCUGCCUGCUCUAUAUCCUGCUCGUGCUGGUCUUCUUUGUCAAUGUCUUUCUUGCGGAUCGAAAUAUGCAUGCGAAUCUAAUGAUGAGAAGCGGGGGACAUGGCAUUCAUGGCGGAGGAGGAGGAGUAGGAGGACUAGGACCAAUUCCACCCGCUGGCAUGCAUCCAUCGGGUCACCAUAAUCCCUACGAUAUGCAUGGCUACAAUCACUAUAGCAACUAUCAUCCGCAAGUGGACACCAAGCAGAGGCAGCAACAGCAGCAGCAGCAGCAGGAGAUGAACAGGAAGACGCCCAAUCAGCAGCAGCCCGAGCAGGAUAUUUACUACUACUUUAACCAUGUAUUCAGGCGGCGACGGCGAAGGUCGCUUACUCCCUCUUCCAAGCCCAGCACCUUGACCCAAAACCUAAACAUUUAGUGCAUUAAUUUAUACUUACAUUCACAUACAUAGAUAUAUAUAAAUACUAUAUAUAGCCAGCGGAUUUUGUAAAGAAUUGAAAGAUGAGAAAUUCAUUUGUAAAAUUAAUAGCAAGAACCAACAAUCCGAUAUACAUAAAUAACUAAAUAAACUAAAA